AUGGAUGAAUCCAACAGCAGUAGCUUGGCCGCAGUGGCGUGCACAGUAAGCCAAGACCAUCUCUCCAGGAGUAUUCCGGACCCUUUCGUGGCCAACUACGACACAGACUACGAAGUGCCGCCAGAUGAGGUGCCAGACACCACGCAGGGCCGCGCCUUUUUUGUGGCAACCAUAGUCAUCGGCGUGGUCCUCAUCUGCAUCAUCCUGGUCUGUGGUGUGGGCAACUUACUGUUCAUCGCCACCCUGGCACGCUACAAGAAACUGAGGAACCUCACUAACCUCCUCAUCGCCAACCUGGCCAUCUCUGAUUUCAUCGUGGCCAUAGUGUGCUGCCCAUUCCUGGUGGAUUACUACGUGGUGAAGCAGCUGUCCUGGGACCAUGGACUCAUGCUGUGUGCCUCCAUCAACUACCUCAGGACAGUGUCUCUGUACGUGUCCACCAACGCACUGCUGGCUAUCGCUGUUGACAGGUAUAUGGCGAUUGUUCAUCCCCUGAGGCCACGUAUGAAGUAUCAAACAGCCUACUGCCUGAUCUUGGGGGUGUGGAUUGUGCCCAUCCUGAUCUCCAUACCCUCCGCCUACUUUGCCUCGGAGACCAUGUACCCCCACGGCGCCACCCGGAACAAGAUCUUCUGCGCCCAGAUCUGGCCCGUGGACCAGCAGCUCUACUACCGCUCCUACUUCCUGUUCAUCUUCGCCGUGGAGUUCGUGGGGCCCGUUGUGACCAUGGCGCUGUGCUACGCGCGCAUCUCGCGGGAGCUGUGGUUCAAGAGCGUGCCGGGCUUCCAGACGGAGCAGAUCAGGAAGAGGCUGCGCUGCCGCCGCAGGACGGUGGUGGUGCUCAUCGGCAUCCUGACGGCCUACUUCCUCUGCUGGGCCCCCUACUACGGCUUCACCAUCCUGCGCGACUUCCACCCCACCCUCAUCUCGCGCCAGAGGCACUCCCUGAUCGCCUUCUACAUCAUCGAGUGCAUCACCAUGAGCAACAGCAUGAUCAACACCCUCUGCUUCGUCAGCGUCAAGAACAACACCGUCAAGCACCUCCGCAAGAUCGUGCUGCUCCGCUGGAGGUCCAGCUACGCCCCGAGCAAGACCACGGACGAGAUGGACAUGCGGACGUCCUCCAUGCGGGUAACCGAGGAGAUCGACUGCAUACGCCUGAGGUAG